AUGUGGGAUCAUUCUGUCCGGCUGUCCUGCUGCCUCUUCAUCUUCCUCGGCAUCAGCGUGGCGGCCGGGAGCAGCAACCGCUUCAGCCGCUGGAUCGCCCCCUUCAACGACAGCGCCAAGAUCUACGCGCUGUGCACCAACGAGAUGGACCGCAUCGUCCUCCAGUCGCCACGUCAAGUCAUCGUCCGUUUCUACAUGGAGAAGCAGAUCAUCUGCUACAUCGACUACCAGUUUUACGUCAAGGACCCGAAAUUUCGGCCGCUGGUCUGGCUGAUGAAGGGUCUCCACUUUUGCGAGGUCAACCAGAUCGUCCGCUUCGGGCCGCAGCAUCGCUACCACCGCGAGUUCCAGGCCGGCUUUCUGAAGUACGCCUAUGCCGUGCUCUGCGACCGGGCCCACAUGUUGGCCGAGGCGGACGCGCUGAAUAUGCACGUAUAUGGAGAGAUCUUUGCGCUGCUCUACGAGCGCGCGAAUCGGCAGAGACAAUACAUUUGCGAUGAGAUCACGUCCACUUACGCCGACGUCUACGCGAAAUGCUACGUGCCCGCCGUGGAGAAGCGCCAGGCGCAGAUUCGGGCGCGCUGCUCCGGGACGUCCAUUCCGUUCGUCAAAUUUCCGGCGUUUUUCCAGCGCUUUUCCCGAGGCUGCAACACGCUCGAGGAUUUCGUGACACAAUCCCCAAACGCAGUCUCCAACCUUGGCUUAGCCCUGGCGAACGAUACGGCUUUUCUCAAUUUGUUAAACGUCAACCUCGUUUCAAACAUCAACCAGGACUCCGAGCUGCCGUCGCUGGUCCUAAAAACGCGGCUCCUUCUUCAGCACUUUGCAAUGGCCACCGUGAAGUUGUGGCAACAGUUGGAGGAGCUGACGAGCUGCCGUAUCGAAGUGGAGGCCGCACUGCUGGACGGCGGGCUCGAGGACGACCCGGAUGGCAAUCUACUAGAAUCUACCGUCCAGCAAAAGUGCUGCAUCUACAGCAACAACUACAUUUGCGAGCUGGGCAACCUCGGGAAAUUCGGUGAGUUGGCAAUGCAGGCGUGGCGUGCCUUCUACAUCGAGGUGGUGCUGCUCGUGGUGGUGGUGGUGAACACGGUGCUCGUCGUCAUCCUGCUCAUCAAGACGAAGAAGCACCUGAGCACGGCUACCGUGCUUUUCAUCUUCAACAUUGUCUUCUCCAACGUGCUCUUCUUGGUGUCGUUCGGCUUCUUGUUCAGCGACUUUCUGGAGCGCCAGCCCUACGGGCCGGUGAAUGAGGAUCACAACGAGAAGACGCCGGAGCUGAUCAUCGCCAAGACGCUGGGCACCCACUUGUUCGCCGACCACGAAUACUCCAAGCACCUCGUCCAGGAGACGUUGUACAGCCUCGCCCAGAACGGCUCCCUCACCGGCCUCAUCCACCUGCUCGUGCUUGUUUUGGUGGUCAUCAACCGCUCAAUGUCGGGCAAGUCGAUCCAUCUGUCGCGCGUGUCGGUGGUGUCCGUGUUCGGGCUCGUCUGGCUCGUGCUCAUCGUCACGCACGUCGUCUUUUCGACGCUGCAGCAUAGCGCGAUCAGAAAUCUCGACCAGCUCUACGUCGCUCUCGCCCGGGGCCGCAACUAUCUACAGUGCAACGCGAGUACCGAAAUCCGCUCCGACUACGCCGAAAUUGGCCGCCACUGCGACCGCACCGCCGUCUUCCACAAGUUCGGCACGUAUCUGUUGCGCGGCCACACCCUGUUCACCGUGACGUUUGUCCUCAUCUCCAUCGUGACGUUCACGAUCACGCUGUGCUACCACUGGAAGGUGCGGCGGGACCACGACUUUUUGCACUCGGGCCUGAGGGAGCAAAGCCCCUACCGUCGACGCGAAAUGCUCUUCCACACGCUGCUCCUCUCCAUCGGCGCGUUUUUCGUCUCGGUGAUCGGGCAGACCUACAUCGAGCUGGCCGUCUUCUGGAUCGACGACCGUGAUCAGCUAGCCUCACUAACAAAAUGGUACCAAUUGGCGCGGCUGGCCGCUUUUAUCGACCCCGUGCUCAACCCGCUGAUCGUCGUCAUUCGCACGCCGGCUCUGCGAAGACAGCUACGCGCCGAGUGGACGUCGAUGCGACGCUCGUCAGAACGGUCGCGCGACAGCUUCCGAAAGCCCCGCUCACAAUCAAGCGAGGAGUCUUCAGGUCGGCUCAACCCUGUGAGGAUCCGCGCGUCGACGCGAAGCGCGGUCACGCUGACACGCAAAGUCGAUGGGCCGCCAGAGACAGAGGCUUGCCUUCAAAGACAGCAUCGAAAAGCCACGGGGAGAACGAUACGCAAUCGCCGAAGCCUUGACUCCCAAAACCCAUCAGUCGUC